AAAAACAACAUACGUAUUAUAACCUGCACUGUAGUUUAUUAGAACGCUCAGCCUGCAAGCGUAAUCGUCAGCUAGCAAACGUUGGCUACAUCGCUAUCAAGCCAGCGGUUUGGGCUCUGCAGACUGCAGCAUUUCUAACGUUACUACUAAGUUAGCUAGCCAUUCAAGAUAUUUGGUUUUGGGGGAAAAAAAUAAGACAUUUGGGUUGGAUUCUGUUGGGCUUGGUUUUUAUACUGUACGUUUCAGGGCUUGGCUCUAUAUUUUACGAUCUCAACGGACACAUUGUAGCAUUUAGCAACAUACCCAUCCCCAUGGCUGGAAGAGGCAGGGGUCGUGGAAGGGGACAGAUGACCUUCAACCUGGAGGAUGUGGGCAUAGGAAGGGGGGACAGCCUGCCCCCCACCACCUUUAAGCCCUCACCCCUCUUCCCUCCCAUGCCAGUCCAGCCUGUGCCCCUGCAGACAGGUGAGGAGGUGGAGUACAUGCUUGCUCUGAAACAGGAGCUGAGGGCCGCCACCAAGACCCUGCCUUUCUACAUCAGACGGGCUGCUCCCAAAAGAGAUGUCGAUCGCUACUCUGAUAAGUACCAGAGCGGAGAGCCCAAGGACAGCACCAUCGAGUGGAGCCCAGACUGGAGCAGAUUGCCUAAAGAGCUUUGCGUUAAAGUGAGAGAACCUCGGGGUAAAAGACCCACACCUCAAGUUAAACGGACAAAGAAACCUCUUGUAGGAAAAGAGGAGAUUCUCACCAAGCUAGAGACUCUUGAAAAGAAAGAAGAGGCGGUGAACUCUGAGGAAGAGCAGGACGAGGAGAAAAAGAAGACGAACGAGGAAGAAGAACAGGCAGAUGAAGAGGACUAUGAGGAAGACUUUGAAGAGGAUACCGACUAUAUCAUGUCUUACUUUGACAAUGGAGAGGAGUUUGGAGGGGACAGUGAUGACAACAUGGACGAAGCCACUUACUGAGAGACCGUAAGAGUGUUGAUAACACUGAAUAGACAAAAAGAGACGGCCUUGAGUUAUCCUCCCUGCGGACAUAGUUACAGUAUUCUAAUUACUUGUGGAGUCAUUGGCCAUGGGAAGAAAGACAUUGACCGGUAUAGUCUAAAACAUGGAAAGAACAAUAUGCUGCUAUGUGAUAACCUCGAUCCAAGACAUGGAAGAUGGUGACUGCUGGUGAAAACAGUGGCUCAAUGUAGACAUCUAGAGAGAAUAGUCAGACAUUUUCUUAUUGUGUGUGGUGAUUUAAAGUGCCAAAGAUCCUAACUAAUCAUGCUGACUGUUCCCCUUUCUUCAGCUAUGUUGAGGUAGUAAUGGGAGCUGAAGUAUUUACAGGAUAUUGAUGCCUUUUAUAAGUUUAACGGAUUUGAUGGUUUUAAUUAACACGUACAAUUGCAGCAGUCUAUGGUUUUUAAAGUAAAGACGUGUUUUAGAGGUAUUUUAGCUUUUGUAAUUCCUUGGUGUACGUCUCUUUUAAGUGUAUACGACAAUCAAAUGUUGGCUAAGACAUUGAAAACAAUAGUUGCAAUCCCAAAAAAAUGGUGUGUAAUUCUUUUAAAAUAAUUUUUUCCUGUAAUGUCAAAUUAUGUUAUGCAAGUUGACAAUUUGAAAUUGUUGAAUUUGAGUCUAAAUACAUUUUAUAGCUCCAGAGUAAAUAUUUGUAUCAACUAA